AUGCAAGAAUCUGAUUUAUAUCAACAACAACAACCAACAAAUAAUGUAAUAGUUAAUAAUGGAGUUGGUGAACAAACAUCGAAUUCAACAGAUUCUUCUGGAGAAUUACGUUCUUUGGUAAUUCGUUCAGAAUGCCGUCAAGGAGAUGUGAUCACGCCUCACAGGGCGGUACUUACUCUUUCGAAAAGUAUGUUCAAUGCAGGUUGUUUUUCAUUGCCUUAUGCCUGGAUGCUUGGCGGAAAAUGGGUAUCUUUUAUUCUCACAGUUGUUAUUGCUGGUUUUAAUUGGUUCGGGAAUCAUAUAUUGGUUCGUUCUUCUCAACAUCUAGCAAAAAAAACGGGUGUUCCAAGCCUGGAUUAUGGACAUUUUGCAAAACGGGUUUGUGACAAGAGCGAUAUACCUUUUUUGAGGAGCAAUAGCAAGCGAAUAAUGUAUAUUGUUAAUAUUACUAUUCUUUUUUACCAACUUGGAAUGUGUUCUGUUGCAAUACUCUUUAUUGCCGAAAAUUUAAUUCAUUUAUUGGGAUGGUUGUUAGGGUCUUCGACAACGAUUAUGGCAACAAUAGCAACAAUUUUUAUAAUGGCAACAAAUAUGUUUACUGAAAUGCGGGUGAUUAGCCUUUUUGCAAUGAUUUCUUCUGUUUUCUUUUUACUUGGAGCUGGGGUUAUAAUGCAUUUUACUUUGCAACAACCAAGUCAUUGGAGUGAAUUACCUGCUUCUACGAAUUUUGCUGAUACAAUAAUUUUCAUUGGAAUGUCUAUGUAUGCCUUUGAAGGUCAAACAAUGAUUUUACCUAUUGAAAAUAAAUUGGACAACCCCGAUGAUUUUUUAGACAAUUUUGGCGUUCUCCCAACAACAAUGUGUCUUUGUACACUUUUUAUGACGGCAAUUGGAUUUUUUGGUUAUAAUGCAUUUGGUGAUAAAGUUGCUGAAACUAUUACUAUUAAUGUGCCACAUACUGGUCUUUAUUCUGUUGUGAAUGUAUUUCUCUGUGUUCAGUCAAUACUUGGUCACUCAAUUGCAAUGUAUGUGGUUUUCGACAUGUUUUAUAAAGGAUUUCGACGAAAGUUUAGCAUUCGGUUUCCAACUGUUUCUGAUUUUGUAAUAGACAAAGGCUUUAGAUUCUUUUGGGUAUUUAUUACUUAUUUAAUGGCUGUGCUUAUUCCCCGUUUGGCGGUUUUAAUUCCAUUAGUUGGUGUUACUUCUGGAACGCUUUGUGCUUUAGUAUAUCCACCAUUCUUUCAAAUAAUUACUUUUUGGGAGGAUUGGAAGGUAAACUUUAAAAAUUUUGAGAAAUUAAAAAUAAUUUUUAAGCUAAAUCUAACUCGACGAGAAAGAUAUUUUUAUAUUGGAAGAAAUAUUUUUGUAAUUUUACUUGGCUUUUUUGCAAUUAUAGCAGGGAUUUCAGCCAAUAUUAUUCAAAUAAUGAAUCUAAAAGUAAAUUAA